GCCAUUACAACAUGAUUUUUUUUUAAUUUGAAGUGAAAUUUUAAAAAAUUUAUUGAAGUAUAAUACAAUAUGAAUUCUAGACCUAUCCAAGUCAAAUGUUAUAUGGCACAGUUACCAUUUUGGACAGUGUGAGGACUUACCUCCUUUUAUCCAUAUUCCUGCCUUAAAUGUGAAUGUAAUUGUAUAUUUUAAUUUUCCAUUUUUCACUCUGUAAGACAAUGUUAUUUUGUACAGGCAAUAUUCAUUUAGAUUUACCUACAUAGUUAUCAUCUGCUCAGAUGUAUUUAUCAUUGUUUUUUUUUUUUUCUUUCUUGCAUCUGAGACUAUUCAUCUGGGAUUAUUUUCCUUUUGGGUGAAGACUACCCUCUGAUAUUUCCAUUCAUUGAGAAUGAUCCAUCUGUGAGAUUGAAAAUUGCAUCAUUGUUGGGUUUAUUAUCAAAGACUGCAGGAUUUUCACCAGACUGCAUUAUGGAUGAUGCCAUUAACAUCCUGCAGAAUGAAAAGUCUCAUCAAGUCCUAGCUCAACUGUUGGACACUUUGCUUGCGAUUGGCACUAAACUCCCAGAGAAUCAAGCUAUCCAGAUGCGAUUAGUUGAUGUAGCCUGCAAGCACCUCACAGAUACCUCCCAUGGUGUAAGAAAUAAAUGCCUGCAAUUACUUGGCAAUCUUGGCUCUUUGGAGAAAAGUGUCACAAAAGAUGGAGAGGGCCUAGCUGUCAGAGAUGUCCAGAAGAUUAUAGGGGAUUACUUCAUUGACCAAGACCCACGAGUCAGGACAGCAGCUAUAAAAGCCAUGUUGCAGCUUCAUGAAAGAGGACUGAAAUUACACCAAACCAUUUAUAAUCAGGCCUGUAAAUUGCUGUCUGAUGACUAUGAACAAGUGCGCAGUGCUGCAGUCCAACUUAUCUGGGUUGUCAGUCAGCUCUAUCCUGAAAGCAUUGUCCCAAUCCCUUCUUCUAAUGAAGAGAUUCGCUUAGUUGAUGAUGCAUUUGGAAAAAUUUGUCACAUGGUCAGUGACGGCUCUUGGGUGGUUCGAGUUCAAGCUGCAAAGCUAUUGGGCUCUAUGGAACAAGUCAGUUCUCAUUUCUUGGAGCAGACACUUGACAAGAAGCUUAUGUCAGAUCUUAGGAGAAAACGCACUGCACACGAACGUGCCAAGGAACUUUACAGUUCAGGGGAGUUUUCCAGCGGCAGAAAGUGGGGAGAUGAUGCUCCCAAGGAGGAAAUAGAUACGGGAGCUGUGAACUUGAUUGAGUCAGGAGCUUGUGGAGCCUUUGUUCAUGGAUUGGAAGAUGAGAUGUAUGAGGUCCGCAUUGCUGCUGUGGAGGCUCUCUGCAUGCUGGCCCAAUCUUCACCCUCUUUUGCUGAGAAGUGCCUUGAUUUCCUGGUCGACAUGUUUAAUGAUGAAAUUGAGGAAGUACGUCUGCAGUCCAUACACACCAUGAGAAAAAUUUCUAACAAUAUCACCCUCCGAGAGGAUCAGCUUGACACCGUCCUGGCUGUGUUAGAGGAUUCGUCCAGGGAUAUUCGAGAGGCUCUUCACGAACUUUUAUGCUGUACUAAUGUUUCAACCAAAGAAGGGAUUCAUCUUGCACUGGUGGAGCUGCUGAAAAAUCUAACCAAGUACCCCACUGAUAGGGACUCCAUAUGGAAAUGCUUGAAGUUUCUGGGAAGUCGACAUCCAACCCUGGUGCUUCCCUUGGUGCCAGAGCUCCUGAGCACGCAUCCGUUUUUUGACACAGCUGAACCAGACAUGGAUGAUCCAGCUUACAUUGCAGUUUUGGUUCUUAUUUUUAAUGCUGCUAAAACCUGUCCAACAAUGCCAGCAUUGUUCUCAGAUCAUACCUUCAGGCACUAUGCCUACCUCCGAGACAGUCUUUCUCAUCUUGUUCCUGCCUUAAGGUUACCAGGUAGAAAGCUAGUGUCAUCGGCUGUUUCUGCCAAUAUCACACCUCAUGAGGACCCUUCCCAUCAGUUCCUGCAGCAAAGCCUUGAGAGGGUGUACAGUCUUCAGCACCUGGACCCUCAGGGAACCCAGGAGCUGCUGGAACUCACCAUCAGGGAUCUGCAAAGACUUGGAGAACUUCAGUCUGAAUUAGCAGGAGUUGCUGACUUCUCUGCUACCUAUCUUCGGUGUCAACUUCUUCUCAUCAAGGCCUUGCAAGAAAAGCUUUGGAAUGUGGCUGCCCCAUUGUAUUUGAAGCAGAGUGAUUUGGCCUCAGCAGCAGCAAAACAGAUCAUGGAAGAGACCUACAAAAUGGAGUUCAUGUACAGUGGUGUGGAGAACAAACAGGUGGUGAUUAUCCAUCACAUGAGGCUGCAGGCCAAAGCCUUGCAACUUAUAGUAACAGCACGGACUACUCGAGGAGUUGACCCCUUAUUUGGGAUGUGUGAAAAGUUUUUACAGGAAGUGGACUUUUUUCAGAGGUGUUUUAUUGCUGAUUUGCCCCACCUACAGGACAGCUUUGUGGACAAACUUCUUGACCUGAUGCCCCGACUCAUGACAUCCAAACCUAUAGAAGUUGUCAAAAUUGUACAGACCAUGCUGCGGCAGAGUACCUUCCUACACCUCCCCCUUCCAGAGCAGAUCCACAAAGCUUCAGCCACAAUCAUUGAGCCAGCAGGCGAGUCAGACAACCCUUUGCGGUUUACAUCCGGGUUGGUUGUGGCCCUGGAUGUUGAUGCAACCCUGGAACAUGUGCAGGAUCCCCAAAGCACCGUGAAGGUCCAGGUCUUAUAUCCAGAUGGUCAGGCUCAGAUGAUUCAUCCUAAGCCAGCAGACUUCCGGAAUCCUGGCCCAGGACGCCACCGGCUUAUCACUCAGGUGUACCUCUCCCACACUGCCUGGACAGAACCAUGCCAGGUGGAAGUCAGGCUGCUGCUGGCCUACAACUCCAAUUCCCGCAUUCCAAAGUCCCCCUGGAUUGAGGGUGGUGAGGUGUCAUCCCAGGUGGAGACCAGCAUCGAGGGCACCAUCCCCUUCAGCAAGUCUGUGAAAGUUUACAUAAUGCCCAAACCUGCAAGGCGCUGAGGCACAAGCAGGUUUUAGAGCCGAGGAUGGAAGGCCCUUCUUAGCUAUCAGAGUGAGGCAGAAGCCUAGAGCACUUCACCUGGAAAUGGCGUAAGGGCAUAAGGAGGACAUGACCCUUUUAGUCUUGUCUAGUAUCAGAUACAGGAUAAAUUAUUUUCCAUUAAAAAUCCAAAAACCUUCAAAUCUACACCUCCUCCUUCCCUGUCCCCUCAUAUCUCCAAUAAAGUUGGGAAAAUA